UAUGAGACGCGGCGAGUGCCAAUGGCGUCCAACAUGAAGAAGACAUCGUCGCAUUCGGCGACAACGUGUUUGUACAUUAUCGUGGGUUUACAUCUAGCUGCGUUUGUCUCGGUAACGAUCUUUCAAGCAUGGAAGAUACAUCAUUUGGAAAGUCAGCUGCCGAUUGAGACGAUUGGUGAGGAUGUGUUACUUGAAGUUGGAGCCCCUCGAGUUCGACGGCGUGGAAAUGACAGAAUAGGCCGCAGGGAGGCCCAACACCAUGCCACGUCAACUCACCCUGGAGACGAGAUGUUAAGUAAUAUUGUGAAGCAAGAAGUGAUUGCUGUUCUGCAAGAUCUUGUGAGUCUCAUGGGCGAACAAGAAAACUCCCGAUACACUCGUCAAACAGUGGGGUCAGACCUCGGUGACCUUUUCAGAGAUCUGACAGAAGCAGAGUUGCUCAAGUUCGAGAAGUACUGCUCUAACGACAGCAAGAUAUGUCUACCAGGUCCCAAGGGGGAACAAGGCGAUGCCGGGGUGAAGGGCGGCAGAGGACUUGUGGGCGAGAAAGGAGAUACCGGUGUAAAGGGAGAGCCGGGGAUACAAUCACCCCCUGGCCCUAAAGGAGAUCCGGGAUACCCAGGUUCCCCGGGUCCUAAAGGUGAAGCAGGCACUGACGGUAUAUCCGGACCCAAGGGCGAGGUCGGUAGUAAGGGAAACAUCGGCUUGACUGGACUUACUGGUUUGAAGGGGGAGCCCGGACCAUAUGGUCCAGCAGGCCCACAGGGUCCUAAAGGUGAAGCUGGACCUAAAGGGGAUCUUGGUGUUGCUGGUCCGAAGGGAGAUGUUGGUCCAGCUGGGGCUAAGGGCGACACGGGUGACAUAGGGCUUCAAGGUGUUCAAGGUCCAAUGGGGCUUAGUUCACCGCCAUCAGCAGCAUGUUGCAUGAAUCUGACCGAGCCGUCAUUCCAUGCACAGAGUGGCUCCAUCACCGUCACCGAAGGAUCUCCGGUUGUACUGGGCUGUGAUCCCAUUGGCUACCCUCCACCUCACGUGACAUGGACCCCUGACCUUUCCACACUCGACCCUUCCCGGUUUUCUUUGAAGGACUAUGAUCUCACCAUCAGCAACGUGACCGUGGGCGACCAAGGUGCCUAUACCUGCACGUCCUCUAAUGUGUUCGGGACAGAACAGAAGGUGAUCCUGCUUCAGGUUUUGAGACACAUAAAGGUGACCAGUGGCUACGUGAACCACACAGUCCAUGAAGGUGAGCCCGUGAUGCUGGAGUGCACGUUCGACAGUGAGAGGCCUCUGUCAAUCAGUUGGUAUCACGUCGAUGUGGACGGGACAAGUCAGAAGGUCACGGUGGGUAUCAGCCCCACGACGGGCGGGUCCCAGCUGUAUCUGCCCAUCUCCCGGUACCAGGACAGUGGACGCUACAUCUGCGAGGCUGACAAUGGACUCGAAACAGUGGAUUUCAACAGCUUCCUCAGUGUGGAAUCUCGACCCCACAUCAGUAGUAUUUCCGGUAACGGCGUUGUCACGGUAAACACAGGGCAGACAAUCCGGCUGUGGUGUAACGCUACGAGCUUCCCUCCAGCCACCGUUGUAUGGACAAGCACGGCUGCCAACUCCCAUCUGUUCAGCCACAGAGACGGGUCUCUGUCUGUGGUUAACAUCGAUAAAACGGACGAGGGACGUUACAGAUGUCAGUCCCAGAAUUCCCUCGGCUACGAUGUGGCGUAUAUUACUCUGACAGUACAAGACCCACCAAAGGCCAGUCUAGCACCAAGUGUCACCCCCGCAAAGGGGGUCAUCUUCUUUGACUGUACGGUCAGUGGCGACCCACCUCUUCAGGUCACGUGGGCAAAAGAUGGCCAGCCUCUUGACCCUGACCAACAAGGCAAGUACGUGCAGAUACCUUGGUCAAGCGGCGGCAGCCACAAGCUGCUCAUCAACCAAAUCUCCCCACCGACUACGGACUGCACCAAUCUGUACCGCCACAGACAGUUCUGGCAUCGGCCACCAGUAGUGCAUAUGCCUACAAGGACCAGGGACCAGGAACCUGUAAUGUGACAUUCUCCCAGUGUACAUCUGAAUACUGCGGACCGUUCUAACCCGGAUCUUCACGGGUGAUGAUAGAUACUUUAAAAAUGUCCGAUCCAGUUCCACCUCCUUCAGUUUGCAACUGUAUUGCAGGUUGUACAAAGUCCUCCUCGGUGUGCCGCGCCGCCAUACACGAUGGUCUGUUGCCUGAACAUGCACCAGGAACAGUGGUGUGGGAGAAUGUUGGUCAGUACAGUCAGUUCACUGCCACAGGUUCACACGGGGUGACGUCACUAGCACUGGGAAACCCUGCCCUGGGAGCGAAACCUCUGGUCCUGGACAAGAAGAAUCUGUGAUGUAGAUGAAAUAUGUCAUUUUCAAUAAACCAUCACACCAUAA